CUAUCAUUAACAGCAGCUACCACUGUUCCUCAAUACUGACUCGCCUCAAAUUUCGAUAUUUAUAGAAUAAAUUAUGAUAAAUAUCACACAUUAACUAACAAAGUGCAGUACAUAGAGAGAAAGAGAUAUCCGAGAGAAUGUUCUACGAGUGAAUUAUUGUUGUGAGAAGCGAAGUUUGAAGCAUCGAACUCUCCAUUCUGUUGCGUUAUCUCUGUUUGGGGGAUAAAUUGAGAUGGUGGGCUCUUUGCCGCCGCCAAUGUCUCUGAGUUGCAGAGCCCAGUUCAAGACGAAGCCUUUCCUCGGAUUCUUGCCUCAUGGAAACGCACAAUCAUUCUACUGGAAAAUCGAUCAUGUGUCUGCUAAGGUUACAUAUCAAGUAUCUGCAAGUGCAGACUUUUCAAGAAGGCGGCCGAGGAGAAAUUCCACGCCAAAGACAAAAGAUUCUACACCAAGGGGUUUUUUGCCGAGAACUCAGGUCCCCACGAAUACCCAGAGAAGGGAUCAAAAGAAAAACAAAGAAAACGAAGGUCAUGGUACUCCAACGCCUACGGAAUUCGAGAGUUCUAAUGCUGAAACCGAAGAGUUGAAUAUCGACUCUGAUGAAGAGGAUGCGUCUCACAUUAAAAUGGAGGAAAAUGAAUCAUUAUAUGAAGGUAAAAUAAGCGAAUUUGAAGAAAACGGGCGAGUUAGUGAAGUCGAUCUUGCAAUUGAAUCAAAAGAUGCAGAAAGCUUCACCAAAAGCGAGGAAAUUAUUGAAGAAAAACGGGUUUAUAGUACAAGUAGUGAAGAUUACAUAGAGCAGGUUGAGAGUAUUAAAAAUGUUGCUGAUUCAUACAGAAGCCUGUCUGUUAUGUCAGAGGCAGUUGAAAGUGGUUACAAGCCUUUUAGUGAGGAUAUCAAAAAAGGAGAUUAUUUUCUAAAAUUAAAGUUGGAAAGGGAAGCUAUUUUGCGUAAGGAGGCAUUAGACAGGCUGGCCGGGGAGAAUUUCAAGAAAGGGAACAAAUUGUUUUACUACCCAGAGGCCGUAAAACCUGAUCAAGAAGUGGAGGUAUAUUUUAACAGAAGCUUCUCUACUCUGAAGAACGAACCAGAUGUUAUAAUUAUGGGAGCCUACAAUGAUUGGAAAUGGAAAUCGUUCACCUUGAAGUUGAGCAAGAGCAAUCUCAAUGGAGAUUGGUGGUCUUGCCGGCUCCAUGUUCCUAAAGAAGCAUAUAAAAUCGAUUUCGUGUUCUAUAAUGGAGCAGAUGUGUACGAUAACAACGAUAAGCAAGAUUUCUGUAUAACCGUGGAGGGUGGAAUGGACAUUUUCGAUUUCGAGAAUUUCUUGCUUGAAGAAAAACUGAGGGAACAGGAGGAGCUUGCAAAGCAGAAAGCUGAGAAGGAAAGACAAGCAGAAGUACAAAGGCGUAUAGAAGCAGAAAGGGUAGCACGUGAAGCUGAUAGAAUUCAGGCCAGAGAGGAAGUUGCAAAACAGAGGGCAAUGAUGCAAGAGUUAAUGAAAAGGGCUGUUACAUCGAUUGACGAUGUUUGGUACAUAGAGCCUAGUGAAUUCAAAGGCAAUGACAUGGUGAGGUUGUAUUACAACAGGAGUUCAGGUCCACUUUCUAAUGCUCGGGAGAUAUGGAUUCAUGGAGGACAUAAUAGUUGGAAGAAUGGGCUGUCCAUUGUCUCUAAGCUCGUCAAGUCCGAGAAGACUCUUGGAGACUGGUGGUACGCUGAAUUUGUUGUGCCUGAUCAAGCUCUUGUAUUGGACUGGGUUUUUGCUGAUGGGCCACCCAAGAAAGCGGUUAUUUAUGACAACAACAGGCGCCAAGAUUUUCAUGCUAUUGUUCUGAAAUCCAUACCUAACGAACUGUAUUGGGUUGAAGAAGAGCAGCGUAUAUUUCAUAAGCUUCAGGAAGAAAGGAGGUUAAAAGAAGAAGCAAUGCGAGUGAAGGCAGAAAAAACUGCACGCCUGAAAGCAGAAACAAAGGAAAGAACCUUGAAAACGUUUUUGUUGUCUCAAAAGCAUAUAGUUUACACUGAUCCCCUUGAUAUCCAAGCUGGAAGCACAGUCACCUUAUUUUAUAAUCCUGCCAACUCUGUCCUAAAUGGAAAGCCCGAAAUUUGGUUGAGAUGUUCUUUCAAUCGCUGGACUCAUCGAAUGGGCCCACUGCCACCUCAAAAGAUGAUUCCUGCUGAAAAUGGUUCUCAUCUUAAAGCGACGGUCAAGAUUCCCCUGGAUGCAUAUGUGAUGGAUUUCGUUUUCUCCGAGAGAGAAGAUGGCGGAAUUUUUGACAGCAAGAAUGGAAUGGACUACCAUAUACCUGUAUUUGGAGGGGUUGUGAAGGAGCCCCCAAUGCACAUUGUACAUAUAGCAGUUGAAAUGGCACCGAUUGCGAAGGUGGGUGGUCUUGGUGAUGUCGUCACUAGUCUUUCCCGAGCUGUUCAGGACAUGAACCAUAAUGUGGAUGUUAUCCUUCCAAAAUAUGAUUGUUUGAAUUUCAGCAAUGUGAAGGAUUUGCAGUUUCAUAAGAGCUACUCAUGGAGUGGAACUGAAAUUAAAGUUUGGUUCGGGAAGGUGGAAGGCCUCUCUGUCUACUUCCUGGAGCCUCAAAAUGGAUUAUUUUCGGUUGGUUGCAUUUAUGGACGUGGUAAUGACGGAGAGAGAUUCGGUUUCUUUUGUCACGCAGCUCUCGAGUUCCUUUUACAAAGUGGAUUCCGUCCCGAUAUUAUUCAUUGUCACGAUUGGUCAAGUGCUCCAGUUGCAUGGUUGUUUAAGGAACAAUAUAUGCAAUAUGGGCUCAGUAAAGCCCGUGUUGUCUUUACCAUACACAAUCUUGAAUUUGGAGCAGCCUUGAUUGGGAAAGCCAUGGCAUUCUCAGACAAGGCUACAACUGUAUCACCUACUUAUUCACAGGAAGUUUCUGGAAAUCCCGCAAUUGCCCCUCACCUUUACAAAUUUCAUGGUAUUCUCAAUGGAAUCGACCCAGAUAUAUGGGAUCCUUACAAUGACAAGUUCAUCCCUUUGCAUUAUACUUCAGAAAAUGUGGUUGAAGGCAAACGGGCCGCGAAAGAAGCUUUGCAGCAAAGGCUCGGGCUGAAACGGGCUGACCUGCCCUUGGUGGGGAUCAUUACCCGGUUGACUCACCAAAAAGGAAUCCAUCUCAUCAAACACGCCAUCUGGCGCUCCUUGGAACGGAAUGGACAAGUUGUCCUGUUGGGUUCGGCUCCUGAUCCUCGGAUUCAGAAUGAUUUCGUGAAUUUGGCAAACCAGUUGCAUUCUUCACAUAAUGACCGCGCACGCUUGUGCCUGACAUAUGAUGAGCCUCUCUCGCAUUUGAUAUAUGCGGGUGCAGAUUUCAUUCUUGUCCCGUCAAUAUUUGAACCGUGCGGAUUGACUCAACUCACGGCAAUGAGAUACGGUUCAAUUCCUGUUGUUCGCAAAACUGGAGGUCUGUAUGAUACUGUGUUUGAUGUUGACCAUGAUAAAGAAAGAGCACAAGCAUGUGGUCUUGAGCCAAAUGGAUUUAGUUUUGAUGGUGCAGAUGCUGCUGGUGUAGAUUAUGCUCUGAAUAGAGCAAUAUCUGCUUGGUAUGAUGGAAAAGAGUGGUUUAAUUCGUUGUGCAAGCGUGUUAUGGAGCAAGAUUGGUCCUGGAAUCGGCCAGCUCUCGAUUACUUGGAACUCUACCAUGCAGCUCGGAAGUGAAAAAGAAUCAGGAAAAAAAAUAAAAGUUUUGUGCAGGUUUAAUAAAUUAUACUUCAAGAUUUAUUUUUUUAAUCACUCUCUAAACAUAUAUUUUAUGUUUAGUGAUUCAUCAUUUUUUCACCAAUCCAGUUCACAUUAAUAAAGUAUGAUGACAUUUUGGGGCGAACCAAGUCUUGAGCUCAUAUUUAUUACUAAUCAGCAAGCACAAGUUCAAUUA